AAAGUUGAGCAAGGUAUAAUUCAGGAAGUGAUUUCAUUUAUUCAAAAAGAAGCAUUUGCCUCAUCAUUUAACACUUCCAAGUUCAAUAUUGUAAUAGCUGAUGGGGAAGGUCGAGAUUUGGCUCAAUUAUUUUCUGAUGCUGAAUUUGCAGAAGGCAAAACGAUAAAGGCUAAGCAAAAAGAG